GCGACAUGCAGAAAUCCCCGUAGCAUUCGAACGAAGGCGGUAGCCAACGAAUCUACUUCAGUUGAUGGACCGCAUAAUACUUAAAUCCGGAACCGGAACGUUUCUUGUGUAUAAAAGCAACGAUUCUGCGUACUCCGACAUAAAGGAUUUUGAAAAAUUGAAUUUCAGAUUCCGGCUCUAAAAGGUAAGAACUUGAAAAAUAAUCGAAAUGGGAUUCAAGCACCUUAGUGUCCUUGUGCUGCUGUUCGUCCUACUGAACCCCACGGAAUGUUGGUUUGUUAAAAAGGCACUAAAGAAACUGGGAAGAAAUAUCAGGAAGGGUGUGAGAAAACUUGGGAAGGUUGCUAGGAGGGUUGGUGGUGCGAUAAAGAAACUUGGAUGUAAAGCCCUGUUUGGCCUUGUCUGUCCCGCUGCCGUCAAUGCGGCUGGAGCGGCUUUAGGCGCGGGUUCCGGCGGAGCGGGAUCUUUAAUCGUCGGCGCAGCUGUUGUCGUCGGUAAAAAUGCUUGCCGCGUUAGGAAGAGGAAGUGCAAGAGGAGUGUUGAAGACGGCGUGGAGUUUCUGGCGUUCUCAGACGACUUUAGGGACUACGAUAUGAAUGAUGACAAGCGUAUUGAAUAUGAGGAGUUUGUAUUCACCAUCAUGAGGACAGUGGACUUGGCAGAUCCGAUGGAGCUGAGGGAACCGUUCAACUUAGCGGACUUUAAUCAUGAUGGGGAGCUUAAUACAGAUGAGUUUAAUGGAGCGCCUUUGCUCUUUGCCCAUGCUUAUUACCACCAAUUUAUAAAGGAUGAAGCACCAGAUAAUAGCACUUCUUUAGAAGUCAGCACCGCCGCAUAAUUAUGAAUGAUGUCUAUAAGAAUGUGAAUGUAUCCGAUGCCUUACGGGGCCCCGCUUCAAUAUAUAGUGUUAGGCUACAGGCCCCAAUUUCUCGAAACUUCGUUAGCUUAACGGGCUUAAGUCGCUUAUUUCAAUUAGCCAAAAUACAUACUGAAAAUGGAUUUUGGUAAGUGAAAAAUGGUUUAUUCUGAUAAUCAUAUAGAUUAUUCCUACAUAAUUUCUAAAUAUUCUUGAAAAAGUUACUAUAACACAUUUUAUAAAACAACAAAAAUAGUGAGAUUAGCUUAAUCCUGUUAUAAGAGACUUAAGAAGUUUCGAGAAAUUGCGGCCUGAUUGUGAAUUCCUUCGUACCCCGUUUUGGGCGUAUGAUGUGUUUCAAUAAAAGCUGAUUUAUUCUGGCCGUGAACAAAUCUUAUGCAUAAGAUAUCUUAGGGCGUUUUUGUUGGUGAUAAACUUGUUUCGGUUUUAUAUCGGUAUUACGAACUGUGUAUUUGUUGUUACAGUUUCAAAUAAAACCCAAACCAUUUUUAAACGGGUUUUUUAACGAAAACUGAAACCGGUUUUUGAAACUAUCGCAACCCUCUACCGAGUGCAGUUUCAUUGGUUCGUUCCAUCCGAAAACUAGUUUACUUCGAAAACAACAUGACGAAAAGUGAUCAACCAUGUUUGUUGAAACUCAAUAUGUUUUAUAACAAUGCCUUACAAUGGACAAAUGAGCUAAAGGGUUAUAUUAGAUAUUCACGGUGUAGCUCAGUAGCUACAGUACCUCCGUCAUGUUGUUGAAGCUGUACACAAAACCAUGCAUUUGUUACUUCAAGCAAAACUAUCAAAACCGUUCCCAUAACUGCUGAAACCUUUGAAACCAAAACUGAAACUGGUUCGGUUUCAAUAAAAACGCCCUAAAUGGAACAUUGCCCAGUUCUACAAGUGAUGAGCUAUAUAAUUUCUCGAAAAAUGUUAAACGUAACAGGUUUAAGUAUGUUACUUCAUAUACUUUUAAAUACAAAAAAAUUGUUUAUCGUGAUUAUCUUUAUAUGCUUUAUUUUAAUAGUAUCAACAAUAUCGUAAAACUACAGGGACAAGGUUAAAGCUGCACUCUCACAGAUUUACCAUUUGAACAACCUUUUUAUAUUUUUUGUUUUUGAAUUCGCGAUGUUUUGCGUAAAUAAUGUCUUGGAAUCAGUGAUAAAAGACUGCUGACAAAAACUCAGAUCACAUGUUUCAUAUUUGUAUUCAAAAAAUUAUGUUUUAUGCAUUUUUCUUAAAGCGCUAGUAACGCUUUUAGUCGUAAAACAUUUUUCGAACGGAGAUAUGAAAACCUGCCAUCUGAUAAUAUGUCAACAGUCUUAUAUCACUGUUUCCGUAAAGAUGGGAUCAUUCCAAGACAAAAAAUAAACCUUGAAUCUGUAUUACCGUCACUGGCAAAAAAUAGAUUUUAGAUUAUUUUUGUUUAAUAUCCUCAAGUUCAUUUUAAGUACUGACUAAAGUUCAGUUCACUCGAAUGAUUAGCAAAAUAUUGAACCUAUAACACUGAGAUAAUUUCAAAUUACGACUAAAAUAGACUACGAUCUCUUUUAAAACGGUCCCUGCAAAUGGCCUGUUUGAAGGCACAACUCUAAGGCCAUAAACUAAAAUUGAUUAAAUUUACACUCAGUCUAGCUGUUUAAACCAAAACAGAAAAAGAUUUUUUUUAAGAUUGCUCCUGUUAUAAGGAACAUAAGAAUGUUUGGUAAAUUGCUUCUUUGUUAUUAUGUAUUCUAUGAAUUCAUAAUACUCACAAAGUUUACCAAAAAUAAUAGAUGCAUUCACCAUUUAUGUUCUUUUUGCGCAUGAUUUUCAUUUGUUAUUUGUUGGUUUGUUAAAUAAAAUGAAUCUGAUUGAAGA